AUGAUUGGGCUCUGCGAGCGCUUCUGGAAGAUACAAGGCCUCAACCAUACGGUAUACGCGGACGACAUAACCAUCUGGUGCUCCGUGGGGUCGGACGAACUUAUCGAAUCCGUUCUGCAGGAGGCAGUCGAAACCGCCGAGUCCUACCUCGACAACACGGGCCUCAAGUGGUCCUCGGCCAAAUUGGAGCUGCUGUUCUACAGUCCAAGACGACAAGGCAAAAGGCCUAAGGGAUGGAAACCACCGACCGAUCGUAGCAUCACCAUCCGCACCCAAGACGGUCGCCCAAUCCCCAGGGUCGACUCCAUCCGAGUACAGGGCAUGAUUAUCGAGCGACCAAGAGUCCUCAAACCGGGCAUGCUUGGUGUGCUUCCUGUGCUUGCUGCUGAUAGUGUUACUCUUCUUCCUGGCACUGAUCAUACUCAGCAUCACAACCGCCGCCGCAACCACUACAAGCACGGCGACGAGCACCACAACCCCCACAACAACCACCACGACAACAACCACUACAACUACCACAACAACCACAACAACCUCCACUACAACCACCACCACAACAACCACCACCACAACUACUACAACCACCACUACUACAACCACCACAACAACCUCCACCACAACUACUACAACCACCACAACAACCACCACUACUACAACCACCACUACAACAACUACUACAACUACUACAACAACCACCACAACAACCACCACAACCACCACAACAACCACCACAACAACCACUACAACAACCACCACAACAACCACUACAACAACCACCACAACAACCACCACAACUACUACGACAACAACGACAACUACCCCAACACCCACGCCGACAGGAACAACCGUACCUAUGGUCAGAACAACGAGGGCCCCGAAUCCGAAGCUGGCGUUCCCGCUUCUCUGCACGGUCAGCACCCUCUACCGGCAGUCGACGGCGCUUCCCAGCGACGGAGUGUGCGAUUUCAUCUUCUACGACUCGCUGUACAAAGGAGACGCGAACCUUUUGACGGAACCACUGAGUGCCGACGUGAGCCACUUCGUGCAAAGUGCCACUCAGCACAACGCAACGGAAUUCGGCCUGUCCUUCGACUCCGAGUGAGCGAAACAUGCAGGCGGAGAAAGAUUCGUGACAUUUCACGCAGGCACGCUAGAAAUUUAAGCACUAUAUAUCCGUGUGGACUGAUAGAGUAUUCUUGAAGGGCUCGGUUUUCGUUAAUUUCGUGGUUAUUGGUUGAAGAUUAGAAGAUAAAAUGCAGUUCGAAUUUUUAGCUUUUUUUUUUAGUUUCGCGCUGAAGCCUCAAGUAUGGCAAGUCAGUGCGACGUCAUAGAUUUCAGACAGCUUCUUUUUAUUUGGGACCUUAAAGCGAUUUAUUUAUUUAUUUAUUUAUUUAUUUAUUUACUUAUUUAUUUAUUUAACAUGCAUCCUUUCAAGGCCCGAACGCAUUACGGAAAGGAUUGGUAACAAAGCAAAAAAAAAUUAAAAAGGCGAGCAAAUUGCCGUCCUAAUGAAAGAUGUUGGAAAUCCAGGGUUUUUUCAUGCAUGUUAGACUGGAGUGGCCCCAAUAGUUUUAUAAU